UAAAUCUGUUCAUGGAAAUCUAGAUCAAGAAUCUAGAAUAGAUCAAGAAUCUAGACUAGAUAAAAUUUCUAGAUUCUAGAUCUAGAUCUACUUUUAUCUGAAAUAGCUGCCGCCAUCCCAGGCUAAGUCAGAGAGCCUUAAAAAAAGCUUGAUCUAGAAAUCUAGCUGUGGGUUUUAAAGUCAUCAGUAAAUUGAAUCAGGCACGUCCGUCGGCGCUCGGACAGGGUGCGAUUUUGGCGCUACGGGCUUGACACGAUGGACGAAUUUCUUAACCACUUGUUUUGACACGGCAGUCAAAGCAGUACAUCAACCAGAACAUGUCUGACAUAGAAUUACAUCAACCAAAACACGUCUGACAUAGAAUUACAUCAACCAAAACACGUCUGACAUAGAAUUACAUCAACCAGAACACGUCUGUCAUAGACCUCCAUGGACUCCUUAGUGGACCUACAAGCAGAUGUGAGAGUCAGCCAGUGGUUUUUAAUGAGCUCGCCUCUCCCCACCCUGGUUGUUGUGGCGGUUUACCUGAUGGUCGCAACUCUGGGGCCGCGAGUCAUGAGGAACUUCCACAGCCUGGACCUCAAGUCGGCCAUGAUCUUCUACAACCUCUCCCUCGUGCUUCUGUCCGCCUAUAUUUUGUACGAGUUCCUAAUGUCAACAUGGAGGAACCCAAAGUUUGAGCUCCUCUGUUUGCAGUUUGACAGCAGCACGCAGGAUCUGCCCAUGAGGUUGCUUGGAGCUUGUUGGUGGUUUUAUUUUUCUAAAUUAAUCGAAUUGAUUGAUACGGUAUUUUUUGUUCUAAGAAAGAAGACGAAUCAAAUCACAUUCCUUCACGUGUACCACCACGCAACCAUGCCACUACUGUGGUGGCUGGGAGUCAAAUACGCGGGGGGCGGGGAAGUGUACUUCCCCCCAUCCUUCAACUCCGGCGUGCAUGUAUUGAUGUAUCUCUAUUAUCUACUGGCGGCUCUGGGACCAGCUCUGCGUCCAUACUUGUGGUGGAAGAGGUAUCUCACCUCAUUACAACUGGUGCAGUUCUGUUUGGUGAUCCUCAAAAUCAUCGCUUCGAUGUGUGUGGGAUGUGGUUACCCACCAAUCUUCCAGUACGUCACAAUCAGCUACAUGACGUCACACAUCGUUCUCUUUACCAAGUUCUACUAUCAGACUUAUAAAAUGCCAGCUAAUGAUUUGAGAGUAGGGGAAACUCCAGCUAGAAGUAAAGAUGACUGACUAGCGCUAAAAGUAUCUGCUUUGUAUCUGUCUCAUUGAAUGUCUGUCAGAGUUUCUUCCAGGCAUCUCUUCGGGGAGAGGGGGGAGUGGGGCUCAAGAAAGUCUAGCCCCCGCCCCAAAUGAAAUGGAAUUUAUAUAGAGAAUAUAUCCUUUUACCAGUGUAAGCCCCCGGAAAAUCUAGUCCGCUCCCCCCUCCUGGAGAAAAAAGUCUGAAAGAAACACUGACGUCUGUCUACUUCAAUGAACUGUCAGCGAAAAAGAAAACAAUCGGCACAAAAAUUCUAACCAUUUCCAUUCUCCCAGUAACACUCACGGGCACAGAGGCAACAAUGAUCAAGCAAUGUCACAAUUUGAAAAGUUUUUAUGACGUCAUUAAACCUAACAUAAGC